AUGGCAACAUUUGCCGAGUUACCUACUGAGCUUCGACUCAAGAUAUGGUCCUGCGCCGUGGAACCCCGGGUUGUCAUCUUGGACGACCUGGUUCACCAAAAGCAGGCAUAUCCAUUGCCCUCGGUCACGCAGUUGAAUGCGGAGGCCCGCGCAGAGACUCGACAAGGCUAUGAAUCAGUCGGGCGCGGGUCAUGGUUUCACUUUUCACGAGAUAUAUUGGUUUGUGACGCCAAUAUUUCGGACCAGAGUCCGAAUAUGCCACUGGAGGAGUUGGCGCUGCGCGUGCAACGGCUCGCGUUCUGGGACUGCUUUCCCGACGAUGGCCGCAUAGACGGCCCGUGCCAUUACUCGGAGUAUCUCGCACGAUGCUACCCUGGCGGACACGACGGCAAAAUCGAGUUUGACAAGUUUUGGUUUCCAAACUUGCGAGAUCUUUGGAUCAUAAAGAUCGGCGAGGUGGAUCGGUCUUGGAUGGUAGGGGUCGACAAGGACGUGCCGUGCGAAGUUCGUCUUCGAAAAACGGCACGACAGUUCCGAUACUGGGUCGACGAGAACAUCAUUGAGAUUGCUCCAUUAGACCUGAACGAACCAGAGACCAAGCUCAUCCUGCGAGAAGGGAGGUGCGGCAAAACGGACUGUCAAAUGCUGAACCACGGCCGGCAGAGGAUGGUGUCCAAGAUUGUCUUUGUUGAUGGCAAGUACAAUGCCAACAGGAAAGACAACAAAGCAGGCAAAUGGAAACAGAUUUGGCCUUGGUCGACCAUUAUCGAGCAAGGGAGCACGGAAAGCGACACAUCUGCCAACCGAAUGAGAUGGAUCAUGGUUGAGCGUAUUCUGACAUUUUCACUGCGAUGGGACGGUUCUGAAGACCUGGGUGAACCAUCAUCUGACCACCGACGAGUACGUCACGGGCAGGGAGCGAUAAAACUUGUAUAA